UCAUCUUGGAUCUCAUCUGCAUGAAACUUUUCAUUUUAUUUCUAAUAUUUCUCCUGAAUUAUUGCAUUACUUUUAAUCCGAAUUAUUAGAAGUAAACACUCAUCAUCGUAACUUGUCAUUCACUUCCCAAAAUUGGUUUUAGUUAUGCAAAAGCGGACGUGAGCUACAUUGAUUACUAUGUUAGCAGCAGGAUUUAAAAUGACAAAAAUUAUUAAACUUCUACCGAACGGCUCAUCUUUGGAUGAAGCUGUUCGGAAUGCAGCCAAUGUUUUGAGAGAUGGAAAAGUUAUUGCUGUGCCCUCAGAUACUGUUUAUGGAAUUGCAGCUCUAGCUCAGUGUGAUUCAGCUGUAAAAUCUAUCUAUGAGAUUAAAGGAAGAGAUACCAAAAAGCCAUUAGCAAUUUGUGUUGGUGAUGUUGAAGAUAUUCCCAACUGGGGCAAAAUAUCAUUUCCAAAAAGUAUUUUAAAGGACCUGCUGCCUGGACCAGUUACAGUUGUGAUGGAGAGAAAAUCAUCAUUGAAUCCUAAAUUAAAUCCUGGUGUCUCUUUGGUGGGCAUUAGAAUUCCCAAAUGUAAUUUCCUUCAAAGUUUAGCAUCUCAUUUCGAUGAACCUUUAGCAUUGACUAGUGCUAAUAUUAGCUCCAUGGAAAGCAGUUUAUCUGUAAUGGAAUUCAAACAUUUAUGGCCAGAAAUCGACUUGAUCAUAGAUGGUGGCAUUCUCGGCCAAUGUGAUCCAAAAAGACUAGGCUCGACUGUUGUAGAUUUAUCAAUUCAAGGAUAUUUUAAGAUAAUUAGAGAUGGCUGCUCAAGCCAAAGAACCAAAGAAAUUCUUCAUAGGCAUGGUUUGAAAGAGCUAGGAUGAGAAUUUAUAAAAAAAUUUUGUUGUAUUUUGUAUAUUUUAUAUAAAAGUUAUUUAUUGAAAAACUGAAA